AUGAAAGAGAAACAACGGAACAAGAGAAGUCGCUCCGAGAAAGAGUCGAGGGAACGAAGCCCAAGAGUCUCCCACGAAACGGACAAAGAAUUCCUAUCGAGGCUGGAACUUUCUAAACGGAACGAUUCGAACUCGCCGAGCGAACAGACUCAGGUCAGCUCGAAUCAUUCCCGAGAGAUACAACAACACCAUCAGCAACAAUCUGCCUUGAACUUGCACAGUGACGUGGACGACGGUCCGUUGUCUACUCACGAUAUGCAAGUGGCAAGGCAUCCGUCCGCUACCGACACGGACAGCGAUGAACCAAAGAAACACUCGAUCUUUGAUAUCGUUGACGACGAGCCCGCUUACAUCAGUAUGUACGACAAGGUGAAGGCACGAUCGACCAAGAACAUGCAGAAGCUCGAGGAGGAGAAACGUCAAGUGCGUCUGAAGGACAAGUUCUCGCAGUUGAAGCAAAGUCGAGCCAGACGGGAGGAGAAGAAGCAGAGCACCUCGUGGGACGGGGAUUCGGUGUCCAGCAAAGCUCUGACGGAGGACGAGGCUACGUCCGAGUCGGACUCGGCCAGAGCCAAGUCGCUGUCCAGAAAGGGCUCUCGGUCGCGAAUUCACUCCGACACCAGUGAAGAGGACGAAGCGUUCAACAACAAGAUCAGAAAGGUGAAGACCGAGAGGUUCCUGGAGAGCGACGUCGAUCUCGGAUUCGCCGACACCGAGGAGAAACAUAAUCCUCUGGACACCUCGAAUGUGGUCAGUAGUGUCCAUGCGAAUGUGAAGGAGGAACCUCGUACGUCGGACGACGAUGAACGAAUUUCCGUUGGUUUCCGCGUAAACCAUCCCGCGAUUGUCGUUAAUAAUCACGAGAGGGACUCGCGCAAGAAGUCGCAUAAGAAGAAACAGAAACGACAGAAGAACUCGAUGUCGAACGAGGACAGUUUGAAAACCGAGUCCUUGGAGAGUAUCGAGCACAAGGCCAAGUCGAACAUCACCAGCAAUGUGGACGGUCGACCGAAUCACACGUCAGAGCCCAUUACCGUUGCGAACACGACCACUUCCGUGACGACGGUGUUGGAGAACACCGAGGAGAGGAUACGAUCCGACAAGAAGCAACGGAACAAGAAGGACAAAAGAAGAGACAGGAACGGAGACGAUAAGGCUAAAGCGAGGAGGAAGAGGAUCAACAGGCAAGAAGCUAGGGAUUCGCAGCGUAUGGAAGACAUCUUCGGUCCUUUAUCGGAUGACGUUGAUGAUGGUCCGUCGAACACGUUCUUCAACCGACUGGGCAGUAUUCCAUCGGAGAACAACACCUACGCUUCCGACAGUGACGGUGGUCAUAGUCCGGUGUUGGACGUGGAACGAGUGAGAAGAAAGACUGAGAAGAAGCGUCGUCAUCAACCAGAAGACGAGAACAGCGUGGACCUGGCGGAGGCCGGCCGGGAAAUCGAAGCGAAACUCUUAGGACUACCGAAUUCCCCGAAAUCGGGUAUAGCGUGUACGGAGAGCAACGAUCACGACGUGUUUCGAUUCACGGACGACAACGACAGCGUGGAACCGUCUACCCCAACCACGGUUCCGGAGAAGGUCAAAGAGAAAAAGAAAAAGAGAAAGAAGUCGAAAGAGGAGCGUAGUCGAAAGGAUUACCACCAUCAUCACCACCAUCACCAUCAUCAUCACGAAAAGAGUGGCGAGUUACCGUAUCUGGGCGCAGAUCCUAGUCCUCCAAGGGCCAGCAGUCCGAUAAUUACCAAGACAAUGUCGCCUACUCUGCCUACACCCAGAGACACGUUGCUCAGUCCAAUCCCGCAGGUUACGUCCAGCGUGACGACACCAUCGAUGACUCCGCCGGUGAGUGGCGGUAUUCAGACCUCGAAAGCGGAAAAGAAGAAGGACAAGUUCAUACCUGGCUUUGGUAUCGAGAUCGACGAGGCCAUUCAUGAGAACGCGGUAAAGAGCAUCUCUGAGCCGGAAGAACGCGAGAACAGUUGUCAGUCGCGAAGCGGUAGGGAGGAACCAGACGUGACUGCGCCGACGACACCACCCGCGCAGACCGAAGACAAGCCUAGGGUCGCCAUCUCGCAGGAAGAGACCGAGGACGCCGUCGCCGCGUUGCUGGAGGAGACUUUCGGAGGGUCUACCGAAGAAUUCUCCUACGAAGGCGAGGAAGAGGACGCGGAAGCGGACGACACGGUUGGUCCAGCAACGGAGGCGCCCCAAGAGGACGUCGAAGAAAUGCAACAGGCUGUCGAAAGUUUGAACGCCUCCGCCGGAGAAGGCGAAACGGACUUGAAACCAGACACCCCUCAGAGCGAGCACGAUCUUCAGAUAGACACCGACACGGAAGAGGAUCCGAAUUACGAAUCGUUCGACUUGACGCAGCCACCGAAAACGCCAGACAUUCCGUCGUUCUACAAAUCUCCCACAAAGACUGUAAACACCAUCACGCCAUCUCUAGCCGCGGCGGAGAAGUCGGCCGAGACUCGAAUAACCUCUGUACCCGUGAAACCACCGAGUCCACCCACGUCCGUGAUCGCCCAUUCGUGGAACUUGAACGAGAAGCCUCGAGAGGUUGUUAAACCCGUGCCAAUUGAAUCUGUCGACACAAACAUCAGCGUGGCCAGUCCCGAACGAUUGACCCCUCAGGCUCAUCGGGUCACGACCCCUCCAUCGCCGCAGUACAAACAGCCUGGUCUGGGUCCGUGCAGCGUUCCAAUCGCCAGCGAAACACUCAGAAUUGCCGCAGCUAGCCCCAGACCACCUGCCAUUAGUGUGCAACCGUUGUAUCAGAAGCUUCCUGUCUCGCCGCAAUCGCAAAUGAUACCGAUGCGUCAAGCUUCACCGAGGAUGCAGAAUAUAUCCACGGUAUCAGCGUCGACCGCUUCCAAUCUGACUCCUCUGCCUCCAUUGGUUCCAUCCAGGAUACCACCUUUGGUACCGUCACAGUUGUCGCCGAGAAUCUCGCAGCCGUCAUCCCCUAACGGACAAUGGUCCCGAAAUCCAUCUUUGAGUCCACAUAUGCCCAAUGUUGGUAAACCAUCGCCACCGCCGCCGAGAAUAGCAGUCAGUGUUUCCGUGUCAGCCCACAGGCCGGAUACACCAGCGCAACAGAUUUAUUCUACCGCGGCUACCCAACAGCCGGUCAUUCAACAUGCUCCGGGUAUGAGGGCUCUGGUGCCCAGUUAUCCAAGAGGAGGCUUGCCACCGUUAACGCUGAAUAUUCCACACCGUCCGUACAUGCCUGUGAAGAGCUCCAGGGAUUCAGCUCUGGGAGGUAAAUCGGUCAUCGAGACGCUGCUCCCGGUGAAUCCCAACGAGCCCUCGCAGCGUUUAGAAGAGCCUAAAUUGUCGCCAGCAGUGAUACCCGAACCGACGAACAAAGCGUCGACGUCUCCGAAAGUUCCUUCGCCGAAUCAACCGCCCACGUAUAUUCCAGAAACAGCGAAGAUCGAGAUUAACGCUAGCACGUCGAGUCCGGUGUUCGGGAAACCAACCACAGUGGCGGACACAUUGACGUCUAGGUCACAGAAACAGAUUACCGGUCCCAUCACUACUGAUAAUAAUUUGUUGUCGCCCAGACAGAAGCAGGAAAUGUCGAGUCACCAGCUGUUGACCACCCAUGUGCCGCGAUCGUCAACACCCAGUCCGGUUAUAGUCGCUCAUGGGCAACCCCAUUUGGUUCAUAAGUCUGUCGUACAUAGCAUCGGAGCUUCGACAGUUGCUGGAGCUAAUCAGCCGCUGAUUAAGACGGUCGUGCCGAUAGUUCCGCAGCAAACUGCACCCACGGUCGCAGUUUCGUUGCCCGAAGAGAAAUGUGUCAUCACGCAGACGUCGUUGCCUUUGAGUAGCCAGAAACACUCACCAGUGUCGCAGAGCAGUCAGCUUCCGAAAUCACACAUUCCUCUUGUGUCCACUGUCUCACAGGCCAUUAUCAGCCGAGCCGUACCCACCACUGUCUCUUCGAUAUCAUCGCCUAUAGUGACCGAGCAAAGUAAAGUCGAAUGCCUAGAAUCACGAAUGACACCUGAACGGGUAUUGGAGUUAGAUCCGAACGCUCAAAUCGCGCAAACAGCUCAGCCCAUGCAGCUCACACCGCCUAUUCAACCGACCCAACCGAUGGACAUUAUCAAGGACGAGCCUACCGAAGUGAAACACGAAGAGCCUACGAUGAAAGAGGAGUUCCCUAAGAUCGAAUCAACUGAAUUCUCUCUGAACCAGCCAGUGAACGUCGAUCUGAAACCGAAGAUAGAGUCACAGGAUCUGAUUAAAUCGGAGAAGAUCAUUCCAAAGACAGAAGUCACGGACAAUCUGGUUCCCAAAAUAGAGAUCGAAACGCCUGUGAAAGUGGAGCCGGUGAACGAAAUCAAAGAGGAGGACAUCGUGAAAGAGACCGAAGAAGUGAACACCGAGGAGGAACCAGUAGAAGAUCCACUGAAAGAACCAAUCACGGAUCCACUUGCCAUCGACGUGUCCAAGGAAGAUCCAGCGGAUAGCAAAGAAGACAGCGAUUACUGUGACGCUCUUUGCGACGGCGAGGGUAACGACGGCGACGAGGAGACUCAACAUGGCCCGAGCAUAAACAACGAGAUCCAGGAACAGCCGAAAAGCGAGCCUGAAUGGUUUAACACGGAGGUUGUGGAGAGCGAGAAUAAGAAGAACUUCGCGACGAACGAUGAUCAGGACGAAGGCGUGGAGACGUGCGAGAGUGAGUCGACGAAAAGUCGUCGUGGUAGGAUGAAGACCCGUCGAGGAGUCAGCAACCGUGGUGGCGUCACCACCAGACGAAGCGUCAGGAAUACAACCACCGUUUCGCACAAACGAGGCGGCAGAACGCCGAGAGGAAGCAAGCACCACGUGGAGAAGAAUAAACUGCCAGCGGACGUUUACGAGUUCCAUGAUGACAGCGAAGAGGACAACGCUGGACGUCCACGGUUAAUUCUCACCAUCAAGUCACCUGUACCGAACUUGACCGGUCCCAAUACGCAGCCAGCGACACCCAUAGCUGCGGUUAAAGAGGUUCCACCGGAAGAGUUCGUCUCCCCAGCUGCGAACACGAGGAAGUCCAAGAGACUGGCCGAAAGGGACGGCAGUAGGAACACUAUCGACGAUGUCAUCGAGGACGUGGUGCGAGGAUCGGCGGCGAACAAGGGCUUGGUUGGUAAUGCAGGCAGCGUUCAUGCUACCAGGCGAAGUACUAGACAUAACAAUACACCUCGAACCGUACAAACCACGGUGCAACUGACAGAGCCUCGAAAGUCACCGCGAGCAACGCGAAAAUCAAUACGAAGAACAUCCGAGAACAAUGACGACAGUAGCGAGGAAAAGAUCAAAGACGUGCCACCAGCACCGCAGGAGAUACAGAAUAAGGAGGAGAGUGUUCCCCCUCGAGUUGAAGCUCCGAAGACAGAGGAAACGAGUCCGCCUGUUCCGUCACCGAUCCAGAAACCAGUUUCUCACGAACCAAUGACGCUGAUCGAUCCGGUAACUGGAAUGUUAAUACCAAUGAGAGAAUCGGAAGAAGGUCAAUAUAUACCAGUCUCGACGAGUUCUGGUCAGAUAACCGUGACCAGGACCACGUGUGACGCGAGAACCACUCCUGGAAUGAUCAUCGCCAGUUCAACGGCCGAAAUCGUAAGACCUAAACCACUUCAACCGGAGAAUCUUACUGUUUCUGAAGAACCGAAGAAGGAGCAGCCUGCAGAAUCAGUUCCUAGUCAACCAAUUAAACCAAUUCAACCAAUUCAACCAAUUCAACCAAUUCAACCAAUUCAACCAAUUCAACCAAUUCAACCAAUUCAACCAAUUCAACCAAUUCAACCAACUCAACCAAUUCAACCAACUCAAGCAAUUCAACCAACUCAACCAAUUAAACCAACUCAACCAAUUAAACCAACUCAACCAAUUAAACCAACUCAACCAAUUAAACCAAGUCAACCAACACAAGCAACUCAACCAAUUAAAGCAACUCAAGCAACUCAACCAACACAACCUACUCACACAAUUCAACCGAUUCAACCUCAGACCAGUGUGAUUACCAAACCACAAUCUCCAGCGGUCCAGGUCACUUCUGCGGUCAGCAUGAUUCAAACAGCAAUAACAACAACAACUGUCACGUCUGUAGUCACGACAACAGUAGCAAUACCGCAGACGAUAUCCACUUGUACGACGCAGUCUAAGCCUACCAGUCUCAAGGCUCAUGUCCUGAACGCCAGUAAAUUAGCCACACCUGUACAACAACCGAUCAUCACCAAACCGACUGUCCCGAGCAUACCUAGUCAGUCGGUGGUACAAAAUAUGGUUAAGCCAACGCAAACGGUGCAAGGUCUGCAUUUGCAAAUACCCAGUAGAGUUGUGUCACCUAACUUGAGUCCACGUGCGAAGCACCCACCACAGAGUCAAGGUCAACCAAUGUCGCCAGUAUUGAAUAACACUGGGGUUCCACCGAAUCCUAAGCAACAUCUUCUACAAGCGGCUAAACAACAACAGGCGUCUACAAUAGUGAAUCUCCCUCAGAAAUUACCCAUGAAUGUUCACCCAGCUAAUGUAACAACACCACCAACACCGAGGAUUCAUCAACCGGUGACACAACCCGCAGCUUUAAAAGGCAUCAAUGGUCAACCUCAUCCUCUGAAUCCAAAGGCUCAUUUGCUGCAAGCUGUAGUUCCACCGAUAGUUGCCGGAGCUGUGGCAAGUCCACCUACCCAGCCACAUCUAAUGACUCCUCAACCUGUUGGCGUGAGCUGUUCUAGACCACCUGCACCAAAACCACCGGUAACGGGGACGAUGGAACCACCAAAAGUUGAAGUUUCUAUGUCUGGCUGCAUCAUGGUACCAACCGCAAGCCCACAGGCACGUGGAGUACCAAUAUCAUCAUACGAAGGGCCACUGUUGAUAAAUGGUUGA